AUGAAUAGUUCCAUGCAAUCUCCUCACACACGAAUUUCAAAGCAAAAGGUAUUAUUACCUGGAGCUACCCUGAGGAAAAGCUUAAUGCCCAUAAGUACCAAAGCAAAAAACCCAACCUCAAGAUCCACGAUUGCUAGCGACAUGCCUACGCCAAAGCAACAAACUCCUACAAGUAGAAAGCAAGAACAGUUUUUUGCUGACAAGGUUUCGCCUAAUAGUACAUUAAACUCCUCAAAUAUUUCAACUUUUAAGUUGAAUGGCUCUUUUAAUAGAUUAGAUUAGAUUAGAUAUAUGUUAUAGCGGGUCUUAAGGGAUUAUUUCAGCCCUCGCCGUCCCACGGAUAGCUUCGCAGCGACGCUAAGCGCUAUCCUCAUACCACUUUUUCCCUUUCUGACGUCACCAAAAAAUGGUGACGUCGAAGGUCUUCGGGGAAGCCACCCCAUCCGGUCAGGGUCUCCGAAUCUCAGCAGAAAGCUCCUUCAACCUCUGACAGGGCUCCGAGUACAGGGGAACCGCCUUCUGCCUUCUCCAUGACCUGUCAGAACCGUAUCACAGGUUCAAUAAUGCUCUCAUGGAGUGGUAUCGGGACCUUGCGCCAGUAGGGUUAACUUGUAGGUAAGGAAAAAAGGACAAGGGUCAACCCAAGCCAAAAAACCCACCCCGGAGAACUAUCGCCAUGUGGCUCGCCUUUCCUGGGCCUGGAUCAACUCACAGGUCACCAGGAGUCCACGUCAGAUCACGCCAUUUUAAUAAUUCUUCUUUUAAUAGAAGUUAUGGAAAUUUGAGCAGAGAUGAAGUAAGAACUGCAAAGCCAAGCCCAAGGGCUGGAGCAAUAAUAAGACAAAAAUCCCUAGGGCAAUCAGAGAUUACACCUGAUGAAUUAAUGGCAACUUUGCAACUUCCUUUAACGCCUGCACAAAUCUUGAAAAAUUUUUCUAAUUUUAUGACAAAGUACGAACAAGGGGAAAUUUUGGAUUAUCCUGAAAUUUAUUAUUUAGGACUAAAAGCAAAAAAAACAAAGCCUAACCCUGCUGGGAAUAAUUUAGGCUUUGAUGACGACAGAUCUGAUUACAUUCAAGUAAUUGGAGACCAAAUAGCUUAUAGAUAUGAAAUUAUACAGGUCCUGGGCAAGGGGUCUUUUGGACAAGUGCUGAAAUGUUUGGAUCAUAAAUCCAAAGAUUUUGUAGCUUUAAAAAUUAUUAGAAACCAGAGAAGAUUCCACCGCCAGGGUAGAGUCGAAAUUAAAGUGCUGAACCAUAUAAGGACUCACGAUAAAGAAGGCUUAUCACAUUCUGUAAUAAUGCACGACUACUUUCUAUUCCGCAAGCAUAUUUGCAUUACUUUUGAGCUCCUAAAUAUGAACCUGUACGAACUCCUAAAAAACAAUAAAUUUUCUGGCUUUUCUUUGUCUUUAGUCAAAAGAUUUUGCAUCCAGCUGCUUCAAUGCUUAGCAUUUACUGCAGAGCAUAGAAUAAUCCAUUGUGAUUUAAAACCAGAAAAUAUCCUGCUAAAGCACCCAAAUAAGUCAAGCAUCAAAGUGAUAGACUUUGGGUCAUCAUGCUUUGACGAUGAAAAACUGUAUACUUAUAUACAAAGCAGAUUUUAUAGAGCGCCUGAUAUUAUUUUAGGGCUCCCUUAUACGACUGCAAUUGAUAUGUGGUCACUCGGGUGCAUUGCUGCAGAACUUCAUGCAGGGUAUCCUUUGUUUGCUGGAGAAUCAGAAGCAGAGCAGCUGCUGUGUAUUAUGGAGAUUAAAGGAAUACCUCCAGAUUCAAUAUUAGAAAGAGCGACAAGAAGAUCAUUGUUUUUUGAAGAAGAUGGAACACCGAAAAUAGUGGCGAAUAGUAGAGGAAAAAAGAGAUUUCCUGGGACGAGAACUUUGAAUGAAAAAGCAAAAUCGUCAGAUCAAGAAUUUCUUAGCUUUAUUCAGCUUUGUUUGGAUUGGAAUCCUGAUACAAGAAUGACACCUCAAGAAGCGUUGUCACAUCCUUGGAUUCUGGAAGCUGAUAAACCCAAGUCAAGAAUCAGCAGUUCAACUGGCUCAAGAGGAGAUGGAAGUUAA